AUGGGGAUCGGGGGAGACGUGUUAGAGUCACGUCUCCUACUAAGGGGUCGACGACGUCGGAACCGUCACGAGGAUCGUGUCUACUGUUCAUCCCCCAAAAUACCUUCACUACCUAGCCAAAGAUAUGGUGAUAUGGUGCCCUCAACAAUAAUGGGAAAGGUGGUGGGAGGAAUCUGCUCCCUCUCGGGGGUUCUCGUCAUUGCACUUCCUGUUCCAGUCAUUGUCUCAAAUUUUAAUCGUAUCUACCAGCAGAACCAGCGUUCGGAUAAGAGGAAGACUCAAAAGAAGGCACGCCUAGCAAGAGUAAAUCAGGCCAAAUCGGUGGCUCGUCACUCUUACCUGCACUCACCAUGCCAGUCUACCGAUUCCGUGAACGCGGUCACAGCGCUGUCUGGCAAUCCUCUUGUCAUUCGAUUUAUGAAGAGCCUCGCCAGCCUGCCCCUACCUUCACCUACAGAAGUGAGCGAAAAGGAGCCAUGUCAUACGAAAUUGGAGGAGGAUUCGUUGUCGACAACGUCGCCAUCAACAAUCGCGACGCCCCCACCGACGAUGAUCAACUAUCACCGAGCCGUCACUGCGGCUGUCAACUAUAUUCGACACAUUUCGACUGAUGAGGAGACUCAAAUGCUUCUUGUACACCUUCUAUUCUGUCUCGAGCAGGCUGUGAACCACACCUACACGCCCUGCAUAGAGAGAACCGUUCCACGAACUCACGACGUGAAGGAAGUAUUCCACAAAAUUCACCCCGUCUUCACCAACGACACCCUCCACCGAUAUCGCAAGUCAGUGUUGCCGAAUCGUAAACACUGCUCCAGUAGCCUCUCCGACGGUGGUGAAACCUCGAGUCGUGGAGACCGGAGGCGAAGGAGGAGGAAAAGGCUCUGUUUUUGCUGUCCCCUGAGGUCGCAGUACAUAGAAAGUCCCCAUGCAUCAUUGGAUGAAGCUAAACGGAGGCCUAACAAGGAUGAAACGGCGAGUUCUCAGAGCUACGAGAACGCAACCAAGGCAACAAAUGGAGAUGAUGAUGAAGAGAUGGAGAAGGAUAACAAAACUACCCUUUCGUAA